AGCCCUCGGUGCCGGAUCCCCUCCCGUUCCCAGACUCCCCCGGUUCCCCCUCCCGUUCCCACUCGGCUCCCCCCGCAGGGCCGCACAUGCUCAGCUCUUUGUGCGAGGGGCGGGGGGGCUCCAUACGAUGAAUGCAGGAAGCGGCUGCUGAGGGCAGUGGGACCGGGGGGCAAAUCCAGGGAAGCUUCGCUCCCAAUCAGCGGCCUCCGGAGAUCCGAGCAUCUGGCUAAGGGCUUCCCGGGACAGCGACACCGGGGUACAGCGGAAUAUCUGCCGGGAUACCCUGGGAUAUCGGCUGGGAUACACCGGGAUAUCGGCUGGGAUACACCGGCUCUCCAUGCGUCUCCUUUGGGCCCCAGGCAGCUCUUCUCUCCGGCGGGGGUAGGAGCCCGGUGUCCCUGUGUGACUGAGCGGGGAGAGGACCCCAGUGCCAGUACUUGGCCUGCUGGGCUGCAAGGAUAUGGAGCCGGGCGGCCGGGCGAGUAAGCGGCUGGGGGCACCUCGCCAGGUGUAGGAUGCUAUUGUUUAUCUCUCCGCCAAGAGACCGAUGUGCCCACGUUGCCCACAGAUCUAGCCUGGCGGCGGGGGCUCAGCACUCCAUCGGGCGAGCCAUGUUUCCCUUCUGAUCGGAGCCUUCCCGGAGGGGGGUCUGCCAGCUUCCCUGCAGUGGGUGCCUCUCGGAUCCCGGCCUUGUGGCUAUGUUAUUGUUACGGGUGGCCACCAUGUGCCACAAUUGCCCCGGGAUGUCUCUGCUGCGCUCCGGACUCUUCUAUCUGCUCAUCUUCGCCUACAGCUCCCAGGGGAGGGCCUGUGAGAAAAACCCCUGUUUCUCCGGACGCUGCGUCAACAACACCUGCCUGUGUGACCCCGGCUGGGUGGGAGAACUGUGCCAGCACUGCCAGGGCAGAUUCAGGUUAACAGAACCCUCAGGAUAUCUAACAGACGGACCCAUCAACUAUAAGUACAAGACCAAAUGCACGUGGCUGAUUGAGGGCUACCCCCACGCAGUGCUGAGGUUACGCUUCAAUCACUUCGCCACUGAGUGUAGCUGGGACCAUAUGUAUAUCUAUGAUGGGGACUCCAUCUACUCCCCCCUGAUUGCCGUGCUUAGUGGUCUGAUUGUGCCAGAAGCACCCGGGAAUGAGACUGUACCAGAAGUUGUUACAACCUCGGGAUUUGCCUUACUGCACUUUUUCAGCGACGCAGCUUAUAACCUGACCGGCUUCAACAUCUUCUACUCAAUAAACUCGUGCCCCAGUAAUUGCUCCGGACAUGGCAAAUGCACUGGCAGCUCGUUGGUUCCCAGCAGAGUUUACUGUGAAUGUGACAAAUACUGGAAGGGAGAGGCUUGCGACAUUCCCUACUGUAAGAACAACUGCGGGAGCCCAGACCACGGUUACUGUGACCUGACGGGGGAGAAGCUCUGUGUUUGCAACGACAGCUGGCAAGGCCCUGACUGCUCACUCACCGUCCCCUCCACUGACUCCUACUGGAUUCUGCCCAACGUCAAGCCCUUCAGCCCCUCGGUGGGACGGGCCUCCCAUAAGGCCGUGAUGCACGGGAAGUUCAUGUGGGUGAUUGGAGGACACGCCUUCAACUACAGCUCAUUCCAGAUGGUGCUCAAUUACAACGUGGAAAGCAGCAUCUGGAACGUGGUGCCGGUUCUGCGGGGGCCCCUGCAGCGAUACGGACACUCUCUGGCGCUGUACCAGGACGACAUCUACAUGUACGGGGGGAAGAUCGAGACCAUCGGCGGCAACGUCACCGACGAACUUUGGGUGUUCAACAUCUCCAGCCAAUCGUGGAGCACCCGUACGCCCACCGUGCUCAACCACGGGCAACACUACGCCGUGGAGGGCCACACCGCCCACAUAGUGGAGCUGGAUAACCGGGAUGCCGUCAUGGUCAUCAUCUUUGGCUACUCCUCUGUGUACGGCUACAUCAGCAACGUGCAGGAGUUCUACCUCAAGUCCAAUACGUGGCUGGUUCCUGAGACCCGCGGGGCCAUCGUGCAAGGGGGAUACGGGCACACCAGUGUGUAUGAGCCAAUUACCAAAGCCAUCUACAUACACGGGGGAUACAAGGCCUUACCUGGAAAUAAAUAUGGCCUUGUGGAUGAUCUCUACAGAUAUGAAGUCAAUACAAGAACAUGGACUAUACUGAAGGAGAGUGGGCUCUCCAGGUACCUGCACACAGCGGUGCUGAUCAGUGGGACCAUGCUGGUGUUUGGGGGCAACACGCACAAUGAUACGGCUCUGAGCAACGGGGCCAAGUGCUUCUCCGCUGACUUCCUGGCCUACGACAUAGCUUGUGACGAAUGGAGAGUCCUACAGAAGCCCAAUUUGCACCGGGACGUGAACCGCUUCGGACAUUCAGCCGUCGUCAGUAACGGGUCCAUGUACAUAUUCGGGGGGUUCUCCAGCGUUCUCCUGAAUGAUAUCCUGGUGUAUAAGCCCCCCAGCUGUGAAGCCUUCCGCAGUGAGGAUCAGUGCACCAGCGCCGCUCGGGGUAUCAGCUGCCUGUGGGACAAGGAUCACUGCGUCUCGUGGGAAUCCGUCCGCCCCAGCCGCCAUUUAUUCAGAGCCAACUGCCGUAAUAAGUCAGCGGCGGCAGACGACAGGUGCUAUAAGAACACGGACUGCGCCAGCUGCACGGCCAACACCAACGGCUGCCAAUGGUGCGACGAUAAGAAGUGCGUCUCCCUGUACAGCAACUGCAGCGUGUCAGUGAAAAACUAUACAAAGUGCUACGUCCGCAAUGAGCAGAUCUGCAACAAACUGACCAGCUGCAAGAGCUGCUCCCUCAACCUGAACUGCCAGUGGGACCAGAGACAGCAGGAGUGCCAAGCCCUGCCCGCGCACCUGUGUGGGGAAGGUUGGAGCCACGUGGGAGACUCCUGCCUGCGGAUCAAUUCCAGCCGUGACAGCUAUGACAACGCCCGGGUGUAUUGCCACAACCUGAGCGGCAGCCUCGCCUCCUUGACCACCUCCAAGGAAGUGGAUUUCGUACUGGAUGAAAUGCAGAAAUACACCAAUCAGAAGCUGUCGCCUUGGGUGGGGCUGAGGAAGAUCAAUGUGUCCUACUGGGGAUGGGAAGACAUGUGCCCUUUCACUAACACCACCCUCCAGUGGCUCCCCGGGGAGCCCAGUGACUCUGGGUUUUGUGCCUACCUGGAGAGGGCCGAGGUGGCGGGACUGAAGGCCAACCCCUGCACCGCCAUGACAGAUGGGCUUGUGUGCGAGAAGCCAGUCGUGAGCCCCAAUCAGAACGCGCGCCCGUGUAAGCUGCCCUGCUCGCUGAGGACGUCCUGCUCCAACUGUACCAGUAACGGGAUGGAGUGUAUGUGGUGCAGCAACGCCAAGCGCUGCGUGGACUCCAACGCCUACAUCAUCUCCUUCCCCUACGGCCAGUGCCUGGAGUGGCAGACCACCACCUGCUCAUCCCAGAACUGCUCAGGGUUCCGCACCUGCGCUCAGUGUCUGGAGCAACCGGGCUGCGGGUGGUGCAACGACCCCAGCAACACAGGAAAAGGAAGUUGUGUGGAGGGGUCGUCCCGCGGGCCCAUGAGGCCUCUGGGAAAACACAGCAGUGAGAUGGUUCUAGAUACCGGCUUGUGCCCCCGAGAGAAGAACUACGAGUGGUCCUUUAUACACUGCCCAGCCUGCCAGUGUAACGGGCACAGCACGUGCGUCAACACCAACGUGUGCGAGCAGUGCAAGAACCUCACCAUGGGAAAGCACUGCGAGAGCUGCAUGCCGGGCUACUAUGGCAACCCCACCAACGGGGGCGAGUGUGAAGCGAUGCUGCUCUGUACGGAUUAUUGUGGCGCGGGGGUUAUGGCAGAGAUGGACGAGCAGCCUGGGAUUUUAUUUCCUCUCCACUCCAAACUUUCAUCUCUUACUGCUCCAUUAUAUGUGCGGCCAGAGACGCCCCCCCCCAUCUGCACUCGGGAAAUGAGAGAUUAUACAGCCUUCCUGAUUGACUACCAGUUCACGUUCAGCCUGGUACAAGAAGAGGACAAGUACCACACCGCCAUUAAUUUCAUUGCCAACCCCGAGCAGAUGUUCAUGGUUAUAUGUGUUCCUAUACUUACAGACAGCCUCCUGAUUGACUACCAGUUCACGUUCAGCCUGGUACAAGAAGAGGACAAGUACCACACCGCCAUUAAUUUCAUUGCCAACCCCGAGCAGUCAAAUAAGAAUUUGGAUAUUUCAAUUAAUGCGUCCAACAACUUCAACCUCAACAUUACUUGGUCCAUCGGCUCGACAGCCGGUACCAUCUCGGGCGAGGAGGUUCCUCUCGUCUCCAGGGCUCACAUCAAGGAAUACAGAGACAGCUUCUCCUGUGAAAAGUUCAAUUUCAGAAGCAACCCCAACAUCACCUUCUAUGUCUACGUCAGCAAUUUCACCUGGCCCAUCAAAAUCCAGAUCGCUUUCUCUCAGCACAAUACCAUCAUGGAUCUGGUUCAGUUCUUUGUCACUUUCUUUAGCUGCUUUCUGUCCCUGCUGCUGGUGGCGGCGGUCGUGUGGAAGAUCAAACAGACCUGCUGGGCUUCCCGCCGACGAGAGCAACUUAUGCGGGAGAGGCAGCAGAUGGCGAGUCGGCCCUUCGCUACAGUCGAUGUGGCGCUGGAGGUGGGGCCUGAGCAAGGGGAUAUUCUCCGAGCGCCCACAGAGGGGGCCCCCAAGCCCAUCGCCAUUGAGCCGUGUUCUGGGAACAAAGCCGCCGUACUCACCGUCUUCCUCUGUUUGCCCAGAGGCCUGUCAGGUGUCCCUCCUCCCGGCCAAUCAGGUCUCGCUAUCGCCAGCGCUCUGAUAGACAUCUCGCAGCAGAAGUCGUUAGACUGCAAGGAUAAAAGCUCGUGCAUUCGCAAUCGGAAGCAACACCCGCCGACCAGACAGGGAACCUGUGUUUGAGGCGCUGACUGAGCUGCAGGUUCUGACAGUACCGGUCCAGUUUCCCAUUGAACGCUCUACUGCGCCAUCAGUUAUCAUGGGGGGCCAAACGUCCCACUGGAGGGCCCCAGAGCCCAUCAUGUGACCUGGCAAGGCCGGCGACAGACUUUGUACGAAUGUGCGGCCGGCGCCAAGGAAUUGGGCCCGGAUGGGAGAACAAACGGACCUUAUGGGCCGGAGCAGAGAGACAUUAUAUAAACCAUUUAGGAAAAUUCUCUUCUUUGUAAAUAUCAUGCGGAAAUGUUAAAUCCUGAGAUCCGGGUUCUUCUGAGUUCUGGAAACAGGAGAAUGCAGCAUGUGGUUCUAGUGGUACCGAGAGGGUUUUAUGGGCUUAAACUGGGGCGGGGGGAGGCAUUGGGCCCUAACUGGAAGUGUUACUUGUUGUGAGCCCAGCUGCCAUUAGGGGGCGCCAGUCGGAAACAGGGCAAAAUGGCGGCAGGAUGGUGGCGCCCAACCUGUGGCCCAUUAGCUGUUUAACUACAGGAGCAGCUGAAGGGACGUACAUUGGACCGUACCAAUUGGCAUUUCUCUGUUUGCCGUCCCUACAGACAGCCGUGGGCAUUCGCCAAGGCGCGGGGGGGGGGGCGGAGUAUACAGGCCUCAUCUCCAUUAAGGGUUAAAGAGGCCUCAGGACUGUAAAUAAGCCGGGCACUUAAUAUGGAUGCACGCAAGGCGUGGGAAUCAGUGUUUCACAAUGGUACGUUCUAGCUAGGCUCCUCCUACAGGGUCCCCAGCUGCCGGGGACAUUCACAAAAUCCACUAUAAUGGAUUGCGGAAUCGUUUUUUAGCGGCCAAAUCCGAGGCAGUUUCUUAGUUACGGGGAAAUAGAAAGGGAUUCGGCCGCGGUCACGCAGUAUUAUUUGCUCUAUUUAUGGGAACCCCCCCCCCCCCAAAGCUUUCAGAUAUUUCCUUUCCUGGAAUUUUGCAUUUUAAGAAUAAACCAAGAAGGCGCCUUUUUUCAUUUUA